AUGGGAGCCGUGGCGUCAGCCAUGCCAGCUGCAAGAAGACGUGACGAAAACUCGUCAUCGUCUCCUGACCGGACUCGUGCUAAACUCGAUGAGAAUGCUGAAUCAAUUCUUCAUACUGUAGCGACAUCCAAGGUGGCUAUCGUAUAUUCUGGAUAUGAAUCUAACAUACAAAAGUACUUGAGUAUAAUCAAAUCAUGCGAAUCUGAUGAAAAUCACAUUGAUGUUGUGCGAUUAUGUGUUAAUGACAAAGUCAAAGAUCGUAUACAGCUAAUCACGUUGAGAAAUCAAUGGCCACUAAUAUUCAUCAAGGGUGAUGCAGUAGGUGGACUGGAUGAAUUGAGAAAACUUGCGGACACAAAAGUGUUACCUGAGUGGCUGAAGGACCACACCUACGACUUGAUUGUCGUUGGUGGAGGAUCUGGUGGAUUAGCUGCAGCGAAAAUGGCUGCAUUACAUGGAAAAAAAGUAGCCGUACUAGAUUUCGUGAAACCCUCACCACAAGGAAGCACCUGGGGAUUGGGUGGUACAUGCGUUAAUGUCGGUUGUAUUCCCAAAAAGCUUAUGCAUCAAGCUGCCAUUUUGGGACACUCCAUAAAAGAUGCGAAGAUGUUCGGUUGGAAGAUACCGGAAGGCGAAAUCAAUCAUAACUGGGAGAAUCUUAGAAAUGCUGUUCAGGAUCAUAUUUCUUCCCUUAACUGGGGAUAUCGCGUCCAGUUGCGUGAGAAGCAGGUUACGUAUAUCAAUUCUUAUGGUAGAUUUACGGGGCCUUUCGAGAUUUCUGCCACGAACAAGAAAGGGGAAGUGGAGAAGCUUACAGCAGAUCGUUUCUUGAUCGCCACUGGACUUCGUCCACGAUAUCCACCAGACGUUCCUGGUGUGCGAGAAUACUGCGUCACAAGUGAUGAUCUUUUUUCACUACCUUAUCCUCCUGGUAAAACACUUUGUGUUGGUGCUUCAUAUGUUUCACUUGAGUGUGCCGGUUUUCUUCAAGGAUUGGGUUAUGAUGUAACGGUAAUGGUGCGGUCGAUCCUGUUGAGGGGAUUCGAUCAAGACAUGGCUGAACGAAUCAGAGCGCACAUGAAGGAGUGCGGUGUUAAAUUUGAAAAUGCUGUUCCAACCCGAAUAGAAGAAAUAGAACCAAAGACCAAGAAACAGGCAGGUCGGUUGCGUGUGUUCUUUGCAAGAAAAAUAUCAGAUACAGAAACCGAAGAACAUAGUGAAGAGUUCAAUACGGUUGUAAUAGCAAUUGGCCGAGAUGCUAUGACGAAAGAUAUUGGUCUGGACGUAGUCGGCGUAGAAACAGCUAGCAAUGGAAAGGUAGUUGUAAAGGGACGUCGAGAGCAGUCCUUGACCUGUCCCUACGUCUAUGCAAUUGGAGAUGUUCUGGCAAAUACGCCUGAGCUGACCCCUGUUGCAAUUCAAGCUGGUAAAGUGCUCAUGAAUAGACUUUACUAUGGAUCAGAUUUAUUGACAGAGUAUGAUGAAGUGCCCACAACUGUGUUCACUCCCCUUGAAUACGGAUGUUGCGGGCUUACGGAAGAGAAUGCUAAAGAAAGGUACGGUGAAGACAACGUCAUCGUCUACCACGCGGUCUUUAUUCCACUUGAAUAUACUGUGGCAGAAAGAAUGGACAAGGAUCAUUGCUAUUGUAAAUUGAUCUGCCUGGCGUCUGAGAAUGAGCGGGUAAUUGGAUUUCAUAUACUAGCACCGAAUGCUGGCGAAAUCACUCAAGGUUUCGGAAUCGCUUUAAAGCUAGGAGGAACGAAAGCAGAUUUUGAUCGUUUGAUUGGUAUUCAUCCAACAGUUGCUGAGAGCUUCACAACGUUAUUCCUAGUGAAGGUGCCAGGAGGUGAAGAAUUGAAAGCUACGGGUUGCUGA